UUUUUCUUUAUUUGCUUUGUCAUGAGAAGGAGCUCCCUGUUCGGCAUAAUCUAGACGUUAUGCAUGUGGAGAGGAAUGUGGCUGCAAGCUUGAUUGCGACAUUGUUACAUUGUGGCAAUUCAAAGGAUGGUCUAAAGGCUAGAAAGGAUCUUGAAAGUCUUGGUAUCAGGAAAGAUUUGCAUCCAAAAGCUCAGGGUAAAAGGACAUUACUUCCACCAGCUCCCUGGUCUUUAUCAAAGUCAGAGAAACACAUCUUCUGUAAGCGGCUAUAUGAUUUUAAAGGUCCUGAUGGCUACUGUGCUAAUAUAUCUAGUUGUGUAUCAUUAGAGGAGUGUAAGGUGUUGGGACUCAAAUCUCAUGAUUAUCACGUCCUAAUGCAACAACUACUGCCAGUAGCAAUCAGGGGCUUACUACCUAAGGGUCCUAGGGUAGCCAUUCUCCGCUUAUGCGCUUUCUUCAACCUUCUAUGCCAACGAGUAAUCGAUAUGGAACAACUUCAGCAAAUGGAAUCUGAAAUCGUGGAGACUCUCUGCAUUUUUGAAAGAUUUUGGCCACCAAGUUUCUUCGACAUCAUGGUUCACUUGUGUGUGCAUCUAGGCAGAGAAGCUAGACUUGGUGGUCCGGUCCAUUUCCGAUGGAUGUAUCCAUUUGAAAGGUAUAUGAAAGUCUUGAAAGACUAUGUCAGAAACACAGCAAGACCAGAGGGGUGUAUAGCUGAGUCUUAUCUUGCGGAUGAGUGCAUGAAGUUCUGCUCGGCUUUCUUGACUACUACAACAAAUGUGCAAGAAAAAGAGGACAGAAACACUGAGUAUGAGAGUAAGUCCAUCCUCGAAGGUCGUCCUAUAUCAGCCGCCCGCUCAUUCCAAUUUUCAGAAGCAGAGUUGAAAAUAGCUCAUCUUGCUGUAAUACAGAACACGGCCAUGGUGGAUCCAUAUGUUGAUGCUCAUUUACAACAUCUACAAGACUCGAAUAGUAGAUGUCAAAGGGAUGCAACAUAUUUAUGGCGUAUGCACACUGAAAAAUUUGCAGCGUGGCUAAAGCAACAGAUAUCUAUUGAUUCACCUGAUGAGGAAGACACUCUGAAGUGGCUGGCUUAUGGUCCUCGUAGUAUAGCCAGAUCUUACACAGGCUACAUUGUGAAUGGGCUACGAUUUCACACAAAUGUGGUGCAUAGGCUAAGUCAGAAUAGUGGUGUUUACUAUGAAGCAACAGCAAUGUGUAGAUCUAGUGCAAAGGACACAGCUCAGGUGGUCGACGUUGUAUCCUACUAUGGGAGAGUAGUUGAUAUUAUAUUACUAGACUACAAUGGCUUCUACGUCCCAAUAUUCAGGUGUGAGUGGGCAGUUAAAGGUAACGGUGUGAAGGUAGAGGAUGGCUUUACGCUGGUUAAUUUUAAUCACAGCCACAUAUCCUUUGCAAAGGAUCCAUUCAUUUUAGCAUCUCAAGCGAGACAAAUAUUUUACUCAAGGGACACUGAUGAAUCGAGUUGGUAUGUAGUUAUGAAGGGUCCAUGUAGAAGAUACAGUGAUGAGAAACCUGAAGAUGGACAUGCAGAUGUAGGACCAUUGCCUUCGGAUAUAGAUAUGUGUCUGGAAGACAUAUCAGAUGAGGCUGAGAAUGUCAGAGAUGAUUGUGAAGGAAUAUACGUUUGACAUAUCAGAUGAGUCUGAGAAUGUCAGAGAUGAUUGUGAAGGAAUAUACGUUUUUUUUUUGGGUUUUCCAUGACAUUCUAGUUGGUUACUUUCCAAUGCAAUAUAUGAUUGAUUUCACUGAUUACCUAUAUUUAUUUCUGUUUGCAUAUAGUGUUGAGUUGGUUUGACAUUUGAUUAAUUUUUUUGAGUUUCCCUUUAGUUUGUUGCAGGAAAGCCA